AUGUCCUCUGCUCUCGAACGCAUUUGUAUUAUUGGGUCAGGAAAUUGGGGAUCAACAAUUGCUAAAAUCAUUGGCAAUAAUGUCUCCAAGAACCUUGAAAAGUUUGAUCCGAAGAUCAAGAUGUGGGUUUUCGAAGAAAUGGUCGAAGGAAAAAAGCUUACCGAAAUUAUCAAUACUGAGCAUGUAAACGUCAAAUACUUGCCUGGAAUUAAGCUUCCAGAGAAUGUCCGUGCAGAUCCGGAUCUGGUCUCGGCUGUAAAAGACGCGACUUUGCUAGUCUUUGUUAUUCCCCAUCAAUUUGUCAAAAGGUCUUGUGAAACUAUUCGUGGGCACUUGCAUAAAAACGCCCGUGCAAUCUCAUUGAUCAAGGGCGUUGAUGCUUCGAGCAAGGGAAUCUCUCUGAUUUCGGACCUUAUCGCCUCUACCCUAUCAAUUGAUGUUUGUGUUAUGAUGGGUGCCAACAUUGCAAAUGAGGUUUCUAAAGAGCAAUUUUGCGAGUCUACCAUUGGUUAUCGUGACGCAGGUAACGCUGCCAUUUUCAAGCUUGUCAUGGAAACAAAUUAUUUUCUCAUUAAUUGCGUCCCGGAUGUUGAAGGGGUCGAAUUGUGUGGGGCCCUUAAAAAUGUGGUUGCCGUUGCUGCAGGUUUGGUAGACGGCCUUGGAUUUGGAGAGAAUACCAAGGCUGCUAUUAUAAGGAUUGGUCUUGUUGAGAUGAAAAGAUUUUCCAGCAUCUUUAGAUUUUUAUCAACUUCUGAGCCUGCUGCUGAGGAUCAACCUUCUAAUUGGGAGACUUACUUCGAAAGCUGCGGGGUUGCAGACCUGAUCACUACCUGCUUUGGAGGAAGAAACCGCCGAAUAUCUGAGCUUUUUGUCGCUUCUGGAAAGUCUUUUGAGCAACUAGAAGUAGAACAUUUAAAUGGCCAGAAGCUUCAGGGGCCAAGCACUUCCAAAGAGGUUUAUGAGAUCUUAAAUGCUAAGAAUUUAACUACAAAAUUUCCCCUUUUCACGCUUGUUUAUAAGGUUGCCUAUGAGGGAUUCCCACCAUCGCAAAUGUUCGAAGUUUUAAGCUCAUAUGCCAUGGAUGAGUAUCACCAUAUUGCGCAUAAGCUUUAA